AUGGCUAGAGACAAUGUCUUGUCAAGGAGAAAGAUCGAAGGCAUGAUUGCUGAUAACCAACAUAUUAUCAUUCUCGAUCGCAAUGUGUUAAGGCUUGAUGCCUGGAUCAAGUUCCAUCCUGGAGGGGAUACGGCUAUCAAACAUAUGGUGGGAAAAGAUGCAACAGAUGAAGUGAAUGCACUUCAUUCACACGAAGCACGCCAGCGUAUGAAUGCAUUCCACAUAGGCCGCAUCGAGGAACGCUGGAUGAACUUCAUCCCUCCCAUCCAGGGUGGUCACUUCCGUCCGUACAGUGGAGAUGAGGAUUUUGAGCUAUCCAGCGAGGAGAGUUCACCUCCGCCAUCUCCCAUUUUUGAAUCCGAUGAAGAUAUAUUUGGCUUGAAACGGAGGAGAUCAGUAUCUACAAUUUCCUCAAGUAUCAGCGCUAGUCCCUUUAUGGUAGAAACCAAACCGCGAACGGUUGUUAUCGAUGCCCGAACUCAGGAGGAGAUUGUUCUCGACCAGUCCAGAUAUCCUCCUCUUGAUGCAAAACAUCAAGACAAUAUCAUCCGGAAAUACCGUGCCCUCAAUGAGCGCAUUCGUGCUGCGGGACUAUACAAUUGCAACUACUUUGCAUAUGCAAUCGAGGCAUUUCGAUACUCUGUUCUUUUCGGCCUCUUCCUAUUCUUUUUGAAUCGGUCAUACUUCUGCUUGGCAGGCCUCUUCCUCGGCUGCUUUUGGCAUCAACUUGUCUUUACUGCCCAUGAUGCCGGUCAUAUGGGUAUUACACACGACUUCCAAACUGACACGGUGAUUGGCAUGAUCAUUGCAGACUAUCUGGGAGGCCUUAGUUUGGGCUGGUGGAAGCGUAGCCAUAAUGUCCAUCACAUUGUUACCAACGCUCCAGAACACGACCCUGAUAUUGAACUGAUGCCAUUUUUUGCUUUGUCGCACCGCUUUUUUCAAAGCCUUCGGAGUACAUACUAUGAUCGAGUCAUGGAGUACGAUGCCGUCGCCAGAUUUACAGUCAAAUAUCAGCACUACAUGUACUACCCGAUUCUACUGUUUGGUCGCUUCAACCUUUACUUCCUUAGCUGGGAACAUAUUUAUGUUGGCCGCGGUCCCAGGCAUGGGGCUGGCUGGUGGCACCGGUGGUUUGAAUUGGCCGGCCAAGUAUUCUUUUGGACAUGGUUCGGCUAUGGCGUCUGCUAUCUUAGUAUUCCUGACUGGUGGAGUCGUACAUUAUUUGUCCUCAUCUCUCAUAUCGUUACUUCACCCCUUCAUGUCCAAAUCACCCUUUCCCACUACGCCAUGUCCACUGCUGAUCUCGGACCGAAUGAAUGCUUCCCACAAAAAAUGUUACGAACGACAAUGGACGUAGACUGCCCUGUCUGGGUUGACUUUUUCCAUGGUGGUCUCCAAUUUCAGGCAAUUCAUCACUUAUACCCGCGCAUUCCUCGUCACAACCUACGCAAAACGCAGCAGUUUGUCAAGGAGUUUUGCAAGGAUGCGCAGAUUCCAUACGCUAUUUUUACAUUCUACGAUGGGAAUAAGGAAGUCAUAGGUCGACUGGGGGAGAUCGCUAAGCAAGCGAGGAUUUUGGAAGAGUGUCGGAAGGCUUGUGCUGAGCAGGGAGUUUUGACAGAUCACCAUAUGCAUUGA